AUGGAAGAAUAUCAUCUUCGACAAUACCGAAACGAUAUGUUCUACUUGGACAUUAUAGAGAACAUGAAGAUUCCGUUAUCACUGACUAUGCAAUCUGUAAAGCGAAUUGAUUCCUCCAGUAACAGGACAACAGACUUUAACUACCACUCUAAGUGGCUCGUGCUCUUGCAUUCAGGAAAUAUUGAUACUUCUGUAUACAGUCUUGACAAUUUGCACAAUGUUGCAUUUAUUAACGCAGUCUGCAAUUCAGAGGUACAAAAAAGUAUUGGUGAGAUGACGAUCAUGACGUUGGUACACCAUGGCACAACCACGUCAUUACAGCGUGUACCAUACAACAAGUAUCUUAACAACAACGCUUUAUUUCCUGCACUGAAGUAUGGUUACAAUAAAAGAAAACUAGUCGUUUCCGUGACUCCAGCGUCUGCGUUUAUUCUUAAAACGACUAAAAACAACAUGACGAAAUAUACAGGUUUCUGCAUUUAUUUGUUGGAAGCUUUGGCAAAUACUCUAAACUUCACGUACGAACUGGUGGAACCGGAACACGGAACCUGGGGCGUGCUUAUUAAUGGAUCCUGGAAUGGACUGGUUGGGCAGAUGAAACGAAGAGAAGCUGACCUUGCGCUGGCCGACCUUACGAUCAAUAUAAACAGGUCAAAGGUCAUGGACUUCCUUCUGCCUCCCAUCUACUACGACUACGUAGACAUCAUCUACAAAGAAGAUAACAACAUCCCAUCAACGUGGAUGACGUUGUUGCGACCGUUUUCUGCCACUGUGUUUAUUUUGAUAGCCGUGAGCACUGUGGGAGUUUUCGUCUUGUAUUCGGCAGCGAUGGUGGUGAUUCGUAACAAGUACACGUGCAGAAAGGAACCGAGGACUGUCACAGACGUCGUGUGGUUCACCAUCUCCUCUCUCUUUAAACAAGGUUAUAACAUCAACCCUUCUACUCACGGCAUCCGGAUCCUAGUGUCGGCAUGGUUGCUAUUCACCGUCAUCAUCGUUGCAGAGUACACCGCCAACCUCGCUGCGGCGUUCACAGUGCGACCUGGUGUAAAACCGUUCGCCAGUCUACGACAGCUUCUAGACAGCCCCGAGUAUAAGAUUGGAAUCUUCCCUGGCAGUAUCACCACUAUGUUGUUGAAGAACUCGGACAACCCGGAGUAUCGUGAAAUGUGGGCUAAGAUUGUGGAGGACAGCAAAACGGACCCGGAUGUUUUUAGCGAAAGUUCGACAAACCAAAUGAAGAAAAUCAAGAGAGGCAACUACGCAUUUAUUCGAAACGAUGGUGCUAUAAGGACCUACAUGAAAGAAAACUGUGGACUGCAAAGGCUCGGAAUAACUUUAGACUGGCAACCGGCCUGCUUAGGAGUUCCGGAACAUUCGACAAUGAAAUAUGAUUUUGUACAAACGAUGAGAUGGUUGGAGACAUCAGGUAUCUAUGAAUACUGGUGGUUUCUACACCAGUCAAAUUUGAAAACACCGAUCUGUCUGUCCAGGCAGCGGUCUGUGAGUUCCAGUAUCACGCUGGAUGACAUCAAAACAGGCUUUGCUUUUCUCGGAGCUGGAAUUGGAGCCGCAUUUGUUUCACUCGUCGUUGAAAUAUUCAAGAACAGAUAUCAUUAA